UGGGAUCUGAACAUGGCGGCGGUGGUAGCUGCUACGGCGCUGAAGGGCCGGGGGGCGAGAAAUGCCCGCGUCCUCCGGGGGAUUCUCUCAGGAGCCACAGCUAACAAGGCUUCCCAGAACAGGACCCGGGCACUGCAAAGCCACAGCUCCCCAGAGUGCAAGGAGGAGCCUGAGCCCCUAUCCCCUGAACUGGAAUACAUUCCCAGAAAGAGGGGCAAGAACCCAAUGAAAGCUGUGGGACUAGCCUGGGCCAUCGGCUUCCCCUGUGGUAUCCUCUUCUUCAUCCUCACCAAGCGGGAAGUGGACAAGGACCGUUUGAAGCAGAUGAAGGCUCGGCAGAACAUGCGGGCAUCCAACACGGGCGAGUAUGAGAGCCAGAGGUUCAGGGCCUCCUCCCAUCAUGCCCCAACUCCUGAAGCUCGGUCCGGGGUGCAGUGGUGAGGAACACUGCAACCCUCCCCUAGACUGUAUUGAUUGUGGCCUCCAGACUGUCGUCCUUUCCGGUCUUUGCCUCUGAGGCCCACCAGAGGGCGCCUGGAGCCCAGGCUGCUGCCAGCGCCAUCCUCCCAAGAAACCAGCCAAGGGCAAAUAAAAUUACUGAGUGUUUGAGUGGAAAGGAACCAGGACUGGGUUUGUGAGUCCCUUGGGAUGGGAGGGGCAGAGUGUGGGGUUGGUUACUCAUGUGUGCUCCCUCUCACAGAAGCCUCAGUGUUCCGGGCUGAAUGGCUGGGGAAACCACUGAGACUUAAGUACAAGCCUAGGCUCAGGCCCUGGGGACCAAGCCCUCAGAGCUGCUGGCCAGGAGGGUGGGGUUCCACUCAGCCUAAACAAAUAAUAAAGAGAAUCAAAGAAGGCGUUCAGGGUGUGGAGUUUAAAAAAGCACUUAAUCCUCUUGGCGGAGUCCAAAUGACUCAACCUCUCUGGGCCUCAGUUUCCUUGUUCGUUAAGAGGGAUUGAACUAGUUACUUCUAAGGCAGGAGUUCUAAACCUGAACAUAGUGGUCCAUCCCCACCCCCACGCCCCAUAUGUGAAAUCGUGUGUACACAUACAGUUUUGAGGGGAAGAGAAUUCAUAGCUCUCGUGCACUUUUGUAAAGGGUCCAUGAUGCAGAAAAGGUCAUGUGCAAUGGCUCUGAGCAGCCCCUGCCAGACCUGGGGUUGAGGGUUGAGCCAUCCAUCACCAGGAAGCGCUGGGACAAAGUAUACUUGGUUAUCGUAGAAAAGGUAGACGAUACCAAGCCAGAAUGCAAAACUAGGAUGUGGAUGCAUUGGGCAGAGCCAGACAAAUUCUCCCAGAGCUGACAACACCUUAAAGUGAAGAAAACCAGAGCCAAACAGGGUUUUUACCUUCUAAACAUUAAACUUUAUUACAUUUCUGGUUAUGUCCUUUUGUGGGAUAUAUUUAGGACCAAAUACUUAAUAGAGAAGCCCUAAUUAUACCCUGGGCUGAUUGGGUCUCCACCCCAGCCCAUAGAGUGACCCUUGUCCCCCUUCCCCAUUCCAGCUUGAGGCAGUUGGUGUCAUGAAGAAAGCGGUAGUUGGCUGGAGAGAUGGGGCCCAAGUCUUAAAUCCCCCAAGCCUGAGUUUACAAACUAAAAGGGGCGUCUCCUUCCUCUUGGGGCCCUCCCCGAGUUAGCAGAAGCAAAGAACCAUGGGUACCACAAUAAGCUUCCGUAUCUCUCAGGGUGGGGGACCCCAAGGCACUUCCCCUGCCCACACCCCAGUCUUUCUUCACCCUGGUUACUUCCUGGCCACACGGCUAGAAGUGGUGAUCCUACACACCACCCCAUCUCCUGACCUUUGUCCCUUACUUUCUGCUCUGAGCAGCCUGAACACAGGAAGCAAGAGGUCCCUCUGACUAGAGAUCUCAGAAGCACCAGGGAGGCCAGGCCCCAGGCAGCUUUGGAGAAUGGGGACCAGGUGGCCACAGAGCGGCCUGCACUACCACCACAAGCCAUGAGGAAGCCCCGGAUAGAUACUGCUCUGUAUUGGCCUCUGCGCUCGACUUUGCUCGCUCUCCUCUUCCUCCCCACCCUUAACCCAGAAGAUCAGUAUAUAUGUACUAUCGAAAGAAGAGGUUGAAGCAGGGGAGACCCACGGGCACAAACCCCCUCUACCUUCCUGAGUCGGAAGGUGCCAAGGGUUGCCGAAGAA